AUGCGGUAUAAUUAUCAUUUUGUUAAAUGUAUAAAAUUCUUAUUGGAAUGAGCUUACGGUUAUCGGAGUGCGAGUGCUUAUUCUUGUUGUUGCGCCAAACGAUGCUUUGCGGUUAAAGCGUGUAUUUUGUGCAUAUCAAACUGUGCGUGAAUGUGCUAAUUUUAAAUGAAGAUGCCAACUUAUUAUACAUUUAUGCAUGUGUAUAAUAAACUGCUUGAAAAGCCUGCAAUUUAAUGAAAUUCUGCAAAUAAUUUUGCAAAAUGGUGCUUUCCCAGCACUUUCAAUUGGUGUUCUAAUAAGAAUUCGAACUUAUUAUUAUAAUGAAAAAGUUCUAUGGUUUGUCUGGUGAUAUUAGAAUUUAAAUAAUCAAGGACGUAUCAAAUAAUAUUAAUACACAAAAUAUAUGCGCUCUAAUUUUAUUGAAAUGACCACAGCUGUACAUUUUUUUGUUGCGCAUUCUUUCGAAGUUUUCUGCUUUUGCUGAUGUGACUUCGAAAUAUUCUUGCUUUUAGCUUUUUGAUACGACGUUCCAAUUCGCUCAGCCGGUCAAGUUAGCCUACCAAAUACAUAACUUGUUUACCUACUACAAAUACCGGCUGUUGUCUUUGUUGUUGUUUAUUGUACAUACAUAUCUAGACGUGUAUAAUUUUUCUUUUGUUUGCCAAGAGUGGUUGGAAAUUGAUUACAAUUUUUUGUGGCGCUACCUUGCGUAGUACAAAAUUGUUUAUAUUGGUUCACUGUCAAGAUUAGGUAGAUGCCUUAGCAAUUAUCUUUAACUGAUUACAAAGUAAAAAAUAAUAAUUUGACUACGUGACGCUACUCUUAUACAAAUUAGAAGGCCUACCGUAGCGGAAGUUAGAUUUUUCUUGUGGAAAUUUUGCUAUCAAGGUAUUAAAGAUUUAUGCAAAAAAUAGAUGUUGUGAUCAGGCACACCCUCACUGUAUAACUACCUACAUGAAUGCUGCUGAACGAUAGUUAGUUAAGACGAACUCCACCUCAAACGCCUUUCUCAGCGCUGCCUAAAACCAUAACAGUUCCACACUUAUUUGCCGCCUACUUCAGACAUCAAACAUAGAAUGGCACCAGCCAGCUCCGAACUGCGCUUGCCAAAGCCAUCCGACUUUGAGGGCAGCGUGCAUCACACUUCCGCGCACGACGAUUACACCUCAGCACAAGCACAACUGAAUCAAAUCUAUGCUGGCGCAAUAUCGGGCGCUUUAACACGUACAAUCACGCAGCCAUUCGACGUCUUGAAGAUACGUUUCCAGCUGCAGGUCGAACCGCUCUCCAAGCACAAACAAGGCAAGUACACCUCACUGUGGCAGGCCAGCAAAUUGAUCUAUCACGAGGAGGGUUUGCGUGGUCUCUUCAAAGGACACAAUGCUGGGCAAUUUAUGAGCGUCGUCUACAGCGUAGGACAAUUUUGGUCGUACGAACAGAUACGCGCCAUAAUGCGUGACUCACCCUUCAUGUCGACGCAUAUGAACACGAUGAACUUUUUAGCUGGCGGUUUUGCCGGUUGUGUGGCGACCAUUUUCUCCAUUCCCUUCGAUGUGAUACGCACACGCAUCGUAGCACAAGAUCCCGGACAGGGCUAUCGCAGCAUGUUCCACGCUGUGCCAAUGAUUUGGCGCACCGAAGGCAUACGCGGCUAUUUUCGCGGUCUACAGCCGACGCUGGUGCAGAUUGUGCCAUUGGUGGGCUUCAACUUUAUGUUCUAUAAGAAGUUCAACGAAAUGCUGGUGCGCACACCGUUGGCGCGCAACGAAUUGCUGCCCACCUGGGUGUUGCUAUGCACCGGCGGUGCGGCUGGUGUCGCCUCCAAAGCGGUCGUCUAUCCGCUAGACUUCGUUAAGAAGCGCUUGCAGGUGCAGGGCUUCGAACAGCAUCGCACGAAAUUCGGACGCACGCAGCGCUGUAGGGGCGUUUUCCAUUGCAUCGAAUUGACGAUGAAAGAUGAAGGUGUACGCGGCUUCUACAAGGGCAUGUAUCCGACGCUGAUCAAAUCCGGUCUCAUGACCGCCUUCUACUUCACCAUCUAUGACAGAUGCAAAUUGAUACUCUACCACUACUAUCACCUCGGUGAGGGACGCACUCCACCUGCCCAAUCGUAAGGCAGGCAUGCAGGCUUUAUAGGACGAAAAAGGCGCGAAAAGUGGAAAUUUUUAACUCGUGGAUGGAUUGUAUCGGCUCGACUGAGGUGUGCAUUUCUCGGUUUUGACUGGGCGCACCUUUACUUAUAUUUACCUCAUUAUAUACUCUAAGAGCGUAGCAUAUAGAUUGUGAUAGCGUUUAAGAGACAAAAAUAUCACUGCUUAUAGUAAAUACUACUUACUCGCUUACUUAUUUGCAUACUAAAAUACUUAUGUAUACUAGAGUUCUAGAGAUAACGUUUUGAAAACACUCGAAAGCACUAAAUUGAAUUGUGUAGACUUGCAUUAAGCAUUAAGCUAAAACUAAUUAUUUACCCCCUAUCUCUUUCUCACUCUCUCUAUCUUUCUCCUUCUAUAAUCCUAAUAUACUUGUACUACUCGCAUUAUGUAGUUUGAUUUCGCGGACAAAAAGAUGCCCAUUAAUAUGUCGUUUAACACAUAUUUGUAAGCUGAAAAUUACUUUGCUUGAACUGUAUUUAACGCAAUCACAGUUGUUGUAAUUUAUGCCAAAUGCAUCUCCAUUUAAACGCGUUUAACAAUCGGAUCUCUUAAAUGAUCAUCAAAGAUCUUGAGUAAGAAGUGAAAGAAUUCAAAGUGCUUACUCGCAUUUCCCUACAUUUGCAUGCGAGUUUAUCCUCAGAUUGCUCAGCUUAAGCUUCGAUAGUUAAUUAUAAUAAUAUUUUUUAUUUUUAAUUCGUAUAUUAUUUUAUUUAUUAAAGGAGACAAGUAAUUAAGCGAAUUAUAUUUAAGACGAUUAAAUCUGUCUAAGAUUUCACAAUAAAUGCUUGCUGACUGUUUGGUAA